UAAAGUUGUCAAGUUUUGUAGUUUAAUUAUUGUGUAUACUUAUAUGGCAAACAAUUUUAUGCACCAAAUUCUAAUGCGAAACUAAAAAGAUAAAACAAAGAAUAAAACUUAAAUUUGUACUUCUGUCCGUAACGUAACCCACAGACAAACAGGACCACACAACCCGUUGGCGGACGAGUCAUGGGCAAGGACUUCUACAAGAUCCUGGGGAUCGGUCGCGCUGCCAGCGAGGAGGAGAUCAAGAAGGCGUACCGCAAGCUGGCGCUGCGCUUCCAUCCGGACAAGAACAAACACUCCCAGGCCGAGGAGCGCUUCAAGGAGGUGGCCGAGGCGUACGAGAUCCUGUCGGACAAGAGGAAGCGCGACCUGUAUGACCAGCUGGGCGAGGAGGGUCUCCGACGGGGCGCGGCGGACCAGCGCAGCGAUCCCAGUGCCACACACAGAGGAAUGGCUGGCGGGGGCUUCAGCUAUCAGUUCCAUGGCGAUCCGCGCGCCACCUUUGCCCAGUUCUUUGGCUCCAGUGAUCCGUUCACCAUGUUCUUCGAGGACAUGGAGCACAUCUUCAUGUCCGACGGCGACUUCACGCUGGGUCGUUGGUUGGGCGGGUCGGGAUUGGGAUCGGGAUCUGAGGGAGGAAGUCUCGCGCAGGAUCCUCCCAUCGAGCACGAGCUGCACGUUGCACUCGAGGACAUCGCCAACGGAUGCACUAAGCGCAUGAAGGUCUCCUGGCUCGCGAUCUCGUCCAGCGGCGAGCCGAUCCGGGAACACAAGGUGCUUAACAUCGAUAUCCGACCGGGCUGGAAGGCCGGCACCAAGAUCACCUUCCGCAGGGAGGGCGAAAAGCUGCCUAACCGCGUGCCCGCCGACAUCGUGUUCACGAUCCGGGACAAGCCGCAUCCGAUCUUCCGCCGGGAGGGCAGUGACCUUCUCUACAAGGCGCACAUCUCGCUGAAGCAGGCGCUGUGCGGCACACACCUGGCCGUGCCCACGCUCCAGAGCGACCAGCUGGGGCUCUGCACCCAGGGCGAGGUGAUCAAGCCGCACUCAACGCGCCGCUUCCCGGGCUAUGGACUGCCCUGCCCCAAGGACAGCUCGCGUCGCGGUGCCAUCGUCGUCAGCUUCUCCAUCCAGUUCCCGGACUCCAUGUCCACGCAGCUCACAUCCUCGCUGGCCAGCCUCCUGCCCAACUGAUCCGUCCACAGCCACGUCGCAAUACGUGACCACAACAUUGACAGUACAAGUGUAUAGUAAAUUAUCUAAUGGGGA